AUGUCUCUACCUUUCACACUAAUAUACUCACUCACCAUAUACCAUAUACUCACCAUAUACCAUAUACUCACCAUAUACCAUAUACCAUAUACCUCACCUCAUACAACCCAAUCUCAAUUAUCUCCCACAAUGGCAGAACAACUCCCAGUCGCCGACUUGAAGUUGGAAGAAAAAGAACAAAAAGAACAGAAAAUCACCCCAUGGGAGGUGGAAGGUGCCGUGGACGAAAACGGACUCUCUAAAGGCAUCGACUACAACAAACUCAUUCUGUCCUUCGGAACGAAGAAGAUCUCCGACGAGACCUUGGCCCGUUUCUCCGCCGUCACCGGUGAAGAGCCCCACCCCUUCUUGAAGAGAGGCGUCUUCUUCUCCGAGAGAGAUUUGGACAGAAUCUUGGACUUGUACGAACAUGGCGAACCGUUCUUCUUGUACACUGGCCGUGGUCCGCUGUCGGACUCGUUGCACUUGGGCCACAUGGUGCCAUUCAUCUUCACGAAGUGGCUCCAGGACGUUUUUGAUGUGCCGUUGGUGAUCGAAUUGACGGACGAUGAGAAGUUCUUGUUCAAGCAGAAGUUGACGAUCUCCGACGUCAAGAAGUUUGCCCACGAGAACUGUAAAGAUAUCAUUGCUGUAGGCUUCAAGCCCGAGAACACCUUCAUUUUCUCGGAUUUAGAGUACAUGAACCCUGCGUUCUACGAGAACAUCGUGCGUACCUCUCGUCAGAUCACCACUUCCACCGCCAAGGCCGUGUUCGGCUUCGAGGACCUGGACUGUAUCGGAAAGCUCCACUUUGCCAGUGUGCAAAUCUCCACGGCCUUCCCUUCGUCUUUCCCAGAUGUGUUGGGCUUGCCUGACAAGACUCCAUGUCUUAUUCCAUGCGCCAUUGACCAGGACCCAUACUUCAGAGUGUGCAGAGAUGUUGCCGACAAGUUGAAGUUCUCCAAGCCCUCUUUGAUCCACGCCAAGUUCUUCCCUGCUUUGCAAGGUGCUUCGACCAAGAUGUCUGCCUCAGACACCACCACGUCCAUUUUCAUGGGCGACACCCCUAAACAGAUCCAAAAGAAGAUCAACAAGUACGCCUUUUCCGGUGGAAGAGCUACUUUGGAGGAGCACAGAGAGCUCGGUGGUAACGUCGAGGUGGACGUUGCCUACCAAUACUUGUCCUUUUUCAGUUACGACGAUGAGAAGUUGGCCAAGUUGGCCGAGGAGUACAAGACCGGUAAGCUUUUGUCCUCUGAGAUGAAGGCCGAGUGUAUUUCUGUUUUGCAAGAGUACGUCGCUGCAUACCAGGAAAGACGUGGUGUUGUUGAUGACCUGGUGGUGAGCCAGUUCAUGAGCCCACACAAGCUUGUGUGGGGCCAGAAGGAGAGAAAGGUGGCACCUAAGGAGAGAGUCAAGAAGGUGAAGGCUGCCAAGAAGUAG